UUAUCUUAGUUUGAGUAUUUAACCUAUACUAUUCCCCUUUUUUUAAUGGAGGGUGCAAAUUAUGCCGUUGUCCUGAUGCGAGGCCUGCCGAAGCAAAAAAAAAUGAAAGUUUGCACCAUUACAUACACCAAUAUCCUGAAUUUAAGCCCCCAAAACGUAAUCUAUACUUUUGCAACGUAAGACCAAACUUUUAUUAUGACAUUUCGAUCGUGCCUCAGGCUUUUACUUUGGAAUAAAAUGUAGACAGGAAACGUCGUAAUAUACGAGCCGCCUAUUGGUCAAGAUACCGCAAGUAAAUCUGAAGAGUUCCUGUAAGCAAUGCGCUCUUUUUUACCUGCAGUGGCUGAACAGUUAUUUAAAGACAUUCAGAAAAUAUAUGAAGAAAAGUCACAAAUACCUGAUGACCUAUUGAUUGCGCUUAAGUUUGUCUUUGGCUCUUGUGCGCUGCAGGCGCUGGACCUAGUGGACAAGCACUCGGUCACCUGUCUGUCCUCACCCAGUGGACGCAAAGUGUACCAGGUGACGGGCGGCUCGGGUCGGCUGUACACCUGCUUCACCUCCUGCCACUACUGCCCAUGUCCCGCCUUCGCUUACGCGGUGCUCCGCAGGAACGACGGCCUUCUGUGCAAGCACCUCCUAGGCGUCUACCUGAGCCAGGCGACGGGGCUGACCCAGCAGGAGAGCGUCUCUGACAAGCACAUCACCACCGUAAUGGCUGGGGGGGCCGCUGCCUCCUGACCCACCUGAACCCCCACCUGAACCCCCACCUGAACCCCCAUUCCAACCCCCCCCCCCCCCCACACGAAGCCCCGUGUCCCUACCCCCGCAGCCCACCAUGUGAAUGAUCGGGACACGCACCGACGCACACACCUGGGUGACACCCAGGAGCAGGGCGCUAAUCUGAGGUUCCUGCUCGCUGAAGGACUCCAGAUGGGUUUUCUGGAACAGUUCCUCGUCGGGUUCUGGUUAAAUAAACAGCUGGGACGUUUGAUUUCACUGGGCUCCUGAGUCAGCUGCUCCUUGUGGAAAUAACAUGUUUUUCCCUUGUACUUGCUAAAGCACCUUGUUAAUGCACAACAAUUUCAAUGUAACCUUGUUUCUUUUUAUAUAUACAUGUACAUUUCCUUGACAAUAAAGAAUGCUGUGGAACAAUAUAAA